AUGACGAAUGAAGCACCAGUUGUUGUUGAUGGAGAGAGCACAGUAGAUAUGCCAGAAGAACAUCAUGAUGGUACAAAUAAUGUUGAUGCAAGUGAUGAUGAACAAGAAAGUUGUGAAAACACGAUCCAUUAUAAUCUGAUGCCAGAACAAGAAGAUGAUUUGCAACUGUCAAUGUUAAACAAUACCUCAGUGGAUACUGUAUCUACAACAGGUUUGUUCUAUAUACAAAACCAUGCAUAUAAUUACACAUAAUAAUAAUGUAAGUAACAGUGGCGUAAAGUCAUAUCAGGGGGCCCCCGGUUCAAAACUUUCGAAGGCCCCCCUAGUAGAAGUGCCAAAGGCACAAGUCGAGCGCCAUAUAUGCACAAGUUUUCUAGGGGGUCCAGAGCAUGCUCACCCGGAAAAUUUUUGAAUCUAGAUUCUCUGAAAUACUAUUUCCCGGACUUUAGGGAGAGAUUUUACAGAAUUCUGAUGGUCAGAAAACGAAAUUGUAACAUAUCAAAGGCCCUGGCUAAUGCUUUUGCUCUAUAGCCUGAGCCUGGGGGCCCCCAUUUGGCCCAUUGGGGUUGGGGGCCCCCGGGUUCUCCCGGGCUGAGCCCAUAGUAGUUACGCCACUGGUAAGUAACCAAUUUGGCAGAGAAUAUAUUGUCUGAUAUUGGUCAUAUUGUUUUGAUAUGGUCAUAUUCCCUAUAGCCUGUUGUGUUCUCAUAUAAGCUGUUUCUUCAUAUAUUUUUAUAGUGGAGGAGUGUACUCAAGUCGCAAAUGAAGCGAACAAUGUUCAAGUCACUCAAGGCUCUUCAAGUGCAAAUAAAGAACAGUGGAAUACUAAACUGGGUUCGACAUUGGCUUACAUCCUCGGAAAUACAGACGACGUCAUUGAAUUUGAUCGAGCCAGAAAGAAUGCCAAGAAUCAAAGACAAGAUAAGUUUUUGCUGGAUAACUACAUGCACAAACUUGCAAUUAUUCAAACUAAGGUAUCAAAGAAGAAAGGAGAGUUGGAGAAGGACAUUGCAAAUUGGGAAAAGAAUUAUUUCAUUUCAAACAAUAAUUUACCAACGUAUGACAAUCUAGUAGCAGAUUCAGUCAUGAAAGACAAACUGAAACAAAUAGAAACUGCCAAAGUCAUAAUGAAAUUGAAAGGUUAA